ACGGCGGCGGCCCUGUUCGCCGGUGACGUGUUCCUACCCGGAAUAUUUUGAAGACGCACGAUGGCCGCGCUCGCGCGCGGCUCGGAGGGCGCUGCGGCUGGUAAGGCGGACGAGCCCGGCGCGGCUCCUCACGGGAAUUUCAUCAACUAUUACACGUUUAACCCACCCGAGAACCGCUUAACUCUCAUCCCCGCAACGCUGCUUCAGGAUUUAGGCUGCGGCCACAGCGGCCGGGCCACGCUGAUGCUGGACGUGGGCUGCAAUUCGGGGGAGCUGAGUUUUGCCUUAUACAAACAUCUUUUGAAGAAACCUCAGUCUGAGGAUGGGACUCUUCGCCUCCUGGGCUUCGAUCUGGACGAGAACCUCAUUCAGCGGGCGCAGCAGGCAAACCCAUUGCCCCAGAACAUCUCCUUCAUUCCUCUCGACAUCACAAAGGACACUCCAGGUCAUAGUCAGCUGGAAGAUUACCUCAAACAGCACAGCUGCUCCCACUUCCACCUGUGUCUGUGUCUGGCUGUUACCAUGUGGGUCCACUUGAACCACGGCGACUCUGCGCUGCUGGAGCUCCUCUCUCGCCUGGCCUCCAUCAGCCAGCAUCUCCUUCUGGAGGCCCAGCCCUGGAAGUGCUACCGCUCAGCAGCCCGGAGAUUGCGGAAGCUGGGAUGCUCUGACUUUGACCACUUCAAGAUGCUGAGGAUCCGUGGGGACAUGGCAGGGCAUGCCAGGGAGCACCUCGAGAGACGCUGUGGCAUGGAGCUCGUGCAGAGCUUUGGCAGCACCACCUGGGACCGUCAGCUGCUGCUCUUCAGAAGGAAGAAGGAUUGAUUUCGUCUGUGAUGUUUUCAUCAUGCUGCAGUGUGGUGACGGGAGAAAAUUGGUGGGUGUGCCACAUUAACACUGAAAGUGUGGGUAUGAGAACCACAAGACUGGACAAACAAGAAGGUGGUCUUUGGUGGUGGGUGCAUCCUCAUACUGUACAUUUCACAAUAGAGGAGAGAAACCACGACCUUUCUACAUCUUGCCAUCAUCAGGGAGUUUUUAACUAUGUUCCUUCUGUAAAACAUGCCAACGUAAUAAAGGUGUUUUAAUCCUUUUUCACCACAGGUCGGGUGCCUUAGUUCCUCGCCUUGUCUCUGGUCAAAGUGUGGUUGGUGAGAAAACAGGUUUUGAGAUCAGGGUGGUUCAGCUGUUCAAGAUCCUUCUACAACCCCAAUUGACCUUUCGCAAAGUCCCGCCUCCCUUAGUUACUGUUGCUAUGCCCGUCAAGCAUUUCAGAACUAUCCAGGAAGUAGCCUGAAAACACCAAAACAUGAAGGAAGAAAUCAGCACAUUGUGUGGGUAAAAGUAACAGUAAUAAUACGUUAGCUGUAUUAGCUAUCAACAAUAGCUACUAGCAAGCUUAGCUUGGAGCA